GUUUCUGAGUUGUCUUUUAUUUCGUAGCGUGAAGAUAAUAAUUUUGACAAAAAUUACAAUUUACAAAUACAAUUUACAAUCUUUUUCUAAAUGAAAAAUGUUUAAGUCAAUGAAGUUUUUAUUAAUUUAAUUCAGCUUUAGGUUUUCUACCAACAUACUCAUUAUUGCGCAUGUGUAUAAUCAAAAUAUCAAUCAGACAAUCGAAUGGGCCGCCAUUUUGAUAAAGUGCUUUGUGUUUAAUGUUACCGUAAAGUUAUUGGAAUGAUAAUAAACGCUUUGGACAACACUUAAUUGAUUGGAAUCAAGUCUUCGGUUUUAACGGUUGCAUGGCUAAGCAUAAUGUGGUUGCGUAGUGAGAAACGAAGCAGAGGAUUCUCCAAAUUUUCUUUAACAGUGAAUAAGUCUAAAAAAUCGGUGAGAAAAACGAGCUGGGUUCCUAAAUCUAGAACACUAUCAUUGUAUAAAAAUUGUAUAAAAAGUGUUAACAAGAAGUUCAUAAAAGAAAAAGAACCUAAGAAACCAAAAAUUUCUGAAGAAUGUAAAGAAAAUUAUCAAUCACAAGUAGUCCCUCAAUUAUAUGAAGAAGGGACUCAAACUAUUGAAACUUUAAAUAAUGUCCCUCCUGCUAGUGAUAUGUCGGCAACCAAUAGAUGUUGUGAAUACUAUGAAAGUACACCAUCUGGUCCCAGUUCUUAUGAAACCCAACCUGAUAUGAUAAAUACUGACCUUCCGAAAGAGAUAGAAUAUUCCACCAUUGAAUUAAAUACUAUAGAAAAUAUUAGUUAUAGUGAAAAAUUACAAUAUCACAUCGCGGAGAAAAAAACUUGUGAUUAUCAAAAAGACAAGUACCCGUAUAACAUGUUUGCAGAAAAGAUUUGCGAAACUAUGUAUUAUGAGUAUCCUUCUAUGAAAAAUGAUUACCCCGAAUUGCAAAUAGAUAUUAAUGAUCUUAAUAAUGUCAAUACCCAAGACUUUACUAAUAUGUUGGACGAAGAAAUGACUAAGGAUGUUAAUAUGCAAAAUGUGUAUGAUUAUACUACAUUGUAUUCCUCAAAUUUGCCCGAUAACCAUAUGAUAACAAGUGUUUCUUCUCAAGAAGUUGAAAGAUUAGAUAGACAACCCGAACACAUUGAAGUUGAAGAUACUUGGGAUGCCUUCGAUCCAUAUUUAUUUAUUAAACAUCUGCCUCCUUUGACUUGUGAAAUGAGAUCAAAAUGUCCAGCUUUGCCUUUAAAAACAAGAUCCAGUCCUGAAUUUAGUUUGGUAUUAGAUUUAGAUGAAACGUUGGUGCAUUGCAGUCUCCAAGAACUCAAAGAUGCCAGCUUCCAUUUUCCAGUACUAUUUCAAGAUUGUUCAUAUACAGUUUACGUAAGAACAAGGCCAUUUUUUAAGGAAUUUAUGGAGAAGGUGUCCCAAAUGUUUGAAGUUAUACUUUUCACGGCAUCUAAAAGAGUAUAUGCAGAUAAACUACUCAAUUUGCUUGAUCCGGAGAGAAAAUGGAUAAAAUAUAGACUUUUUAGAGAACAUUGUGUUUGCGUGAAUGGUAAUUACAUUAAGGACCUCUCUAUACUUGGUAGGGAUCUGUCGAAGACCAUUAUUAUUGAUAACUCUCCACAAGCAUUUGGUUACCACUUGAAUAAUGGGAUUCCUAUUGAAAGCUGGUUUGAAGACAGAAGUGAUUCUGAACUCAUGAAAUUGAUACCGUUCCUAGAAAGUUUGGUAACAGUGAAAGAAGACGUCAGACCGCACAUUCGAAACAAAUUCAAGCUUUUUAGCUACCUACCUCCCGAUUAAAAUAUAUAAGCAUAGACAAUCCUGUUUUCGAAAAUUUAACAUGUAAUACUCUGUACUUUUCGUUUAUGUUUCAAAGUACUGGCUAACUCUUAUGUCAUGUGCCUUUUUGGAUCAAUGCAAAAAUAUUUAGGGGAUUAUAAAAAGUCAUAAAACUAAAUAAAAUAUAAAUAUUAUGGUGGAUAAUGGAAAGGAAAAACAAGUUCAUAUGUAAUAUGAAUUUUUAGAAAUAAAUACAUAAUCAAUAUCUAAAAUCAUGAACUAAAAUAGGAGAUUAAAAAAGACCUGCUACAAAGAAAUAUAGAUUCAAUGAUAAUAUUAAAUAAAAGUGUUUUUCAUGUUAAAAAAUAUAGUCCAGUAUCAUCAAAAUAAAAAAUAAUAAAAAACGGACAAUUUAAUAAUUUAUUAACAAAUGCAGUGAUAUUGAUUAUUGAAACAGAGUUGAGAAAGAUGAGCCGUUUAUUUCGAAAAUGGCCUCCAUUUAUUUUCAAAUCGAGAUAUUCAUGGGUUUGCGUUUCAAUUUAGGAAACGAUAUAAUAUUAAUUUAACGUAAUGGUUAGGUAAUGGUAAUCAGACUUAAACCAACCCUUAAUAUUCACAUUAACUAGUGUUUAUAUCAUAAUACAUUUCCCAUUUAAAUAACAUGGGAUUUUUGCAGUUUAUUUUUUUCCACCAAAACAAUUGUAGCUAAAAGCACACUAUUUUCGAUUGAGCCGAAAAAAUAUUACAAUAGUCAGAAUAGUAGGUUAUUACAAAAUUAGCGUUUGAAUAGAUAUUUUAAAUUAUGUAGAUUGAAAUUUAAUUAAAUACUUUGUACUUAAAUUGGUGACUUUUUAAAAAUCCUCUAAUUGAAAUGAUAAUACUGUACAAGGUGAGAUUUUCUUUUGAGGUUGUUGAUUGUGAACAGUUGUGCAAUAAUUGGUAAAAUGUGAUGAUUAAAUUGGUUUUUAGAGAGUUAUGAACAAUGUAUCACUUGUACAGCGUUGGUCAGUAUUUUAUUUAAAAGAUCUUUUAUAAAACGUAUAAAAAUAGUUUAGAACUGUACUGUAAAGUUCUUAUAAAAAAUGUAUAUAGAAGAAAAAAAUUAGUUAUCUAGGUUUCUUGUUAACACAAGAAAAAAUGUCGGAUCCAUAGAUGAUUAGUUGCAAUAAUAUGCACAAAACUUUAUUUGUUGUUUGUUAUUUUAGGAUUAGUUAUAAGUAUUAUAUUUCUAUGUUGUAAUAUUUUAUAUUUUAUUACAUUAAUCUCAUUUUCCAAAAACAAGUAUUCGAAUAAUUUGUUAAUUUUUGAACUUGUUUAUUUGCACUGUUUAUUAGUUAUAGUUGCAUUUUUACAAAUUAAUCCAAUUCACAAAUUGAAAAUCCCGAAAAUAGAGAAAAUACUUGUAAAAAUACGAGGAUGGUCCCAGAACUACGUAGCCCAAUAAAGAAAACACAAAAAUUUUUUUUUACCCCAUAUACUUUCCCCACCGUUGUUCAAUAAAUUCAGAACCCUUUUUAUAACAAGAAUCGUCAGGCUCCCUAAAAUAACCUUUAACCGCCAACAACACCUCUUCACUGUUGAAAAAUCUUUAACUACCGAGCCAUUUUUUCAAUUCUGGGAACAGAAAAUAUUCCGAGAGGGCUAAAUCUUGCAAAUAAUGUGCAUGAGGUAACAUUUAAAAAUUAAUUCAUUAAUUUUGGCCAUUACAAUUACGGAUGUGUGAGCUGGUGCAAUGUCUUGAUGGAACAACACUUUCUUCUUAGCCAAAUGCGGGCGUUUUUGCUUGAUUUCUUCACUCAAACAUUUUAUCCAUUAUUAUGAAACGGGUGAAAAAAUUAGGCUUUAUUUCUGUGAAACGUUGCCAAAUACUCGAUGAAAACAUCUUCACCACGCUGUUUUUGUUCUAUUGUGAGCGGCACCCAUCUUGCGCACAGCUUUCCAUGUCCAAAUUUUCAGUCAAUAUGUGAUGUACCGCACAUUUUAAAAUGCCUUAGUACUUUUAGUCGACAAUCAUCAAGUAUCGCUUUGUGAAUUUUCUGGAGUCGUCACGUCUUUUGGUCGACUACUGCUAUGCUGGUUUUUGUCAUACGGUCUCGUUUAAACUCUGCCGCCCAAUAUUUUACCGUUUAUAACGAAGAUGCAGUCUCACCCAAAGUAGAAUCUAGUUCAGCUUUUAUAUUGGUUGCUAAGGCCUUUCAAAUAAAAGUAUUGUAUCACAUAACGAUGACCAAUGCUUUCCAUGUUUACAAAUUCGAUGGAAACGUUCAAUAUUCAUGGCUGCCAAACAAAUACUAAACAAUGUGACGUCAAACUUGAAGCAUAGUAUAGAUUGUGUACUUUCUAAUACAGUGGUAUUGUUGAAGCAACUAUUGCCUAUUCUAGAGACCAUCCUCGUACGUGCAAUAUCUAAUUUUAUCUCGAACAAUGUCUUGAAAAAAUUAGGAAAACUGUUUUUCAUUAUCAUCAUGCUUCUAUGACUGCGGAUGAGGGUCUGUAUGUCGGCGAUGUUCGUGGCGGUACUUUCCUGUAGCUGGUGAACUCUCCUGCUAAUGGCUACUUCCAUGUCGAAGUGGUAGUUGACAGGAAAGAAGAAAUCUCGGAAGGCUGCUCAGAAAGCUUGCCAGCUGGCUAAAUAUUUGUGGUGGUUCUGGAACUGAAGCGCAGGCAAUCCGUGUAGAAGUUCCGGCAUAGCUUGCAAAAGCCGGUCCUGUGAGAUGGUUUGAGAUUCACGGAUGACAUAUUGCGAUGUCAUGAGGCCCCCUGAAGUGUUUGCGAUGGUUUUCAGCUCUCUCAAACGUCGGAAUCAUUCUAACAACUCCAAAAUGGCCUCAACUUUCCUUAUUCAAUAGAGUCUAUACAGAAAAAUGACAAAUACUGGUUUAUCUUGAACAAGACAUUCGAGUACCACAUGUUAAAUAAAGACUAAUGCACUUUGUGCAGGUACUGCACGACCAAUAUAAUUACCAAGGGCGUGUUCGCCACCCUUUCUGUACACCGUAUUAACCGUUCAAAUCUUCUAUUUUCUGCUAAAAUAGUAUUAAAUAUUGGCCAUUAUAGUAGCCGCCGUAUAUUUUUAUGCCUUUUUUGGCCACUAUAAUCAACGUUCGAACUCAACAUGAUAAGACGAAAUUUCCUUCAAAAUUAUUGUUUUUUAACAGUUUUUUUAUCAUUAUGUAAUUUUUUCUGUAUUGAAAAACGGUUUUGAUGUAUUUUUCUAGACAUUAUUCCUGAUUACUGAGCUGUGGCACGCAUUUUCAAGAGCUUUAUUACUAUUUUUUAGUGUAUUUAAUUAUGAACUAGAUUAGACAAAAAAACUCUCAAGUAGGGUCUCGACAUACCCAAGACGAAUAUUACUAUGUAUGAUUUGAUGCUGUUAAUGUCCAAGAUAUAUGUGUACUUUUAACCUAAAUAAUACUGAAACUUUCUAUUAACCCUAGAUAACGGGACAUAUUUCGGAACACACCAUUACGUAUUUUACGACGGUAGUACAUACUAGAGCUGGGCAGUUAUCAAAAAAUAUAAUCGAUUAUAUAAAAUAAUCAAAAAAUCAGAAAUAAUCGAUUAAUCGAAAAUCCGAAAUAAAGCUUCAAAAGAAGGAUUGUGGUUUGAUUCCUACAAGAAACAAGAUAAAGAUCGAGUAUACCAUCAGGAAUAUAUAGAAGUCACUAUGGUUUGGUUCCCAAUAAAAACAAACCAAAUAAUGAACCUACGGAAGUAAGAUUCUGAUAUUGAAUUAUGUUGGUAUGUUGAAUAAUUAUUCAGAAAAUAAAUUUUUUAAUCGUUAAAUUGAUUAUUAUAUUAUUUGGUUAUUUUAACGAUUGUACGAAAAAUAGUGUGUAUGCCCUAGCCGCGAAACUUUUUAAAGACCUCAAGAUUAUCGUAUCGAUAUUUUUAUAUUUGUCGACUAUUUGAUUAUUAUCGAUUACCGAUUAUUUUUAAAAAUAUAUCGAUUAAUCGAUCACCUGAUCAAUCUAUUAUUUUUCGAUUUACCGAUUAUUUUGCCCACCCCUAGUAUAUACCCGCAUUUUACGAAAAAUGAGAAAACAAAAUAUAAAUAAAAAGUACAAAUUUCUAUUCAUUUUAUACAAAUGUCUCCGCGGUGCUUCCAGCAGAUCGGAUGUUCACAUUUUCCACGUUGUUGUCGUCCGUCUUUUUUGACUUGGGCAGUAGAAACACGUUUUGCGGUUUUCAUAACCCUUAAUUUUUCGUAUUUCUUCUUCCAAUUCAGCCUGAGAUAAUGGCCGUUUUGAAGCCAUUCUGCUGAAACGACAUAUUUUCAGAACACCAUAAGUAAAAAUAAUAAAUAAUUACUUCAUGUCCCCUAAAUGUUAGCAAAACCGCAGUUCACAAUAUGAAACCAAAAAAGCUCGCGUUAAAACUAAUCAACGUAUAUACGGGACUAUCGUAAAAUUAAAGAAAUAUUAGAACUAUUCACCAUCGUAAAUUUUACGAAUUUCGCAUUAUCUAGGGUUAAUGUUAUUAAAUAUUUGUUUUGUUCCCACUAUGUGCAUCAAUGAAACACUAGAGAGUGCUCAAUCCGACAGUCUCUGUAUUGCACGCACGAUUCCUAUAGCAAAAUAGUUUGAUAUUCAUUACUGCCGUGACAUCUUCUAAUCGAUAGCUUAAAUAAUGUAAAAUAAUACAGAAUACUGCAUGCCUUUUAAAAAGACAGUAAUAUCUAGGAUAAUAAUUGAUCACCGAAUUCACAAUAUUUGCAAAAAUCUGAUUGGGUAUAACUCUAUUUGAAAGUUGCUUCUUUCGAUUUAGUUUUAUUUUAAUUCGUUAUUUUAUUCAAAGUGAAAUAAGGUGGAGCUUCAUUUUGCAUUAUUUAAAAUCCGUCUCUAAUACAUGUAACCAUUGUUUAUAGAGGAUGUUCAAAAUAUUUAUUCCAUUGUCGGUAUCAAUAUAUAAGCAAUUUUUAAGUAAUUAAAUGUCUUGAACAUCGUAUUGAUAGAUUUUUAAUAUUACCGAUAAAGAAGUAGAUGAAAUAUUGUAUAUCAGCAUAAAGCACUUUUGAUGAAUAUUUAUUUUUGUUUAUAUUAAGAUAUUACCUAGCAUCUAGGUAAAAAGGAAUAUUUAGGUUCAAGUUAGAAUAUUAAAGAAUCGUAUGUCAUGAUAAUCAAAAUGUUUUUGUUGGUCUCAUAUUUAUUAGUUGGCUUUUUUAUGUUUCUGUGAUGUCUUUUUCUUGUUCCCUAUUUUUUACUAAGGUCACAGACUAAUCUGAUAAAUUAACACAUUGACAGAUUUAGCCAAACUUUUCCAAUGUCAUCAUUGCCAGUCCAAAUUUUUGUCACAUCUCUUAAGAUUUUCUAGAAAGUAUUAAUCAGUCUGUUGAAAUUAUAAAAUUACUUCAUAUCUCACAAACUGAGAUUUCCUCAGAGGUUUCAUAUUUGAAAAAUGAUAAAACUUACUAAUACUUACAAUAGCUUCCGGUGCCCACCGCUACAAAUGUUUACAUUUUCUGUUUUAAAACCACGUUUUCUAUCAGUUAAUUUCUGCGUUUGAAAGGAAUACUCAGCAUCGACAGAUUUUUUAUAUACAUGUCAUUAGGUGUAUACAUGUUAUUUGAUGUAUUCGCUGUUCAAAAAUUAAUUUGCAGGUCAUGAUAUGUAUUGGUUCUCUUAUUGAAUUUUAGUAUUUAUUAAUUGUCCUUUCAAUGAUAGAGUUCAAGUUGGUAUCACUCAAUUUUCAGUUUCAUGUUUCAGCUUCGAAUUCUACUUUUACAUUUGAUCUAUAAGGAAUCGGCUAAAUUUAGUGACUAAUGAUACUAACAGUACAAAUGUUUUCAAUAUCUUCGAUGAAUGACUGCAAGAAUACUAAAGUUCUUCCGAUAUUAAUUGCAGAUUAUAAAAACUCUCCUCGCAUAACUGUCUUCUGUAAUUUAUAUUGGAAUAACUAUUAACUGCUGCCAUAAACUACUAUUAGAGAAUGCGUUUGAAACAGUCUUUUAUUUUAUUAACAGCUGCAGUACUUGAAUAGUUUGAGUUUCUUGUUUAUUUAAUCUUACAGUACCUGCUAAUACCUUCCGAAGCAUUGUGUAUUCAGAAUAUUUUUACAAAAUCAUUUGAGUAUCUUUUAUCCUUUCUCAGAUCUAGAGCUGAAUGUUUUAUUAUAUGCGCAUACAAAAGUUUAUGACAGACAGUUAGUACUCAUAGAAUCAUUUGUCGAAGUCUUUGAAAAUUUUAAAUGUUAUUGUAAUGCAAUUUGAAACAAUCAAUUUUAUUAUGUAAAGUUACAUAUAAUAGAUAUACAGUAGACUCUCGAUUAUCCGAGAUAAUUGGGACCGGGACCUCCUCGGAUACGGGAAAUCUCAGAUAAUACGAAGGUUAAGUUCAGUUAUGGUAAAAAAGACGUAAAACCCCGUAAAAGGUUAUAAAACUUGUUUAUUGGAAGCAAAAACAUAUUACAAACCUGUAAACGAGUGGACAUAUUAUUUCUUAAAAAAGUCUUUGGUCGUCUUCUUAGACUUAGACCUCUUACUUCGAUGCAAAGUUGCACCAACGCUGUAGAGACAGGAUGUCGUGGGGCGUACACUCGUGAUAAAUGUUUCCUCGUCGUCUUUAAAGUUCUUAUGAAAUUCAAGCGCCUUAGUGUGCGUUCACAUCACAUCGCGCCGUUCGAGCUUCGAUCUUGUUUGUUUUUUUGAGCGGCAUCGCCUUUGUGGUGCGCUCAUGUCGAGCGAUGCGGCUUUUGCGAUGUCAUCGCGCGCGUUGCCUUGUUCAAAUUGGUUAAGCGUCGUUUUAGUUAUUUUCUAACUUUCGAACCAAAAGGACGUAAUGAAUUUGGUAUCCAAACGAUUAUUACUUAUAGAAAGUACACGAUUGCAAAGGCUAAUUUUAAAGAAAAGCAAAAAAAUACAAGGCGUUCAUGAACUUAAUAGAAAUAGAAAUAUCUUGAACUUCGCACUGAUCCAAUAAGAUUUUUUUAGUUUUCAAGAAUAUAAUGGGUAUGCAAUACAACAAAACGUUUAGGUAAUAUAAAUAUAUAUUUAUUUACCUGGAACUCCUACAGUUUGUGAUAAUUCAUCCCAUAAUUUUGCUACCAUUUUCCUGUCUUGUAGGAACGGUGUCUAUCAUUCCAAAGGGCUGGCCUGGUUUGAAUUUCCGAUAUUAAUAACUCACGAUCAAUAAUCUCAUUUUGCGACGUCAUUUGAUUAAAACUAUAACGGAUAGAUUGGUCGCACUUCGACUCCAUACUGAAUAAAAAUAUAGACAUGAGCGCACCACAAAGGCGAUGCCGCUCAAAAAAAAGAACAAGGUCGAAGCUCGACCUGCGCGAUGCGUUGCAUCGCAGAUGUUGAGUGGUGGUCUUUUGCAAUGUGAACACAUUCAUUCAAAGUCUAUAACCAGAAAGAUUUUUUAACACCGCUGGAGCGGCAUCGUUCGACGCUCACUGCUUGAGCGUUGCCAAUGUGAACGCACACUUAGACUGUAGCAUCGGCCUACUCACAGGACUGCCUAAAAAGGACUUCACACGUCUGCUCCUAGGCACCUUUCUUCAAAGUCUUUGGACUACGGCUCGGCGGAGGUUGUUAUUGUAAUAUAAACAAAUAACCAUCGCGGUUCUCCAUAGAUGUCGCGAUAUUAAGACAGGCUCGGUUAAUCGAGACUCGCAUAACCGGGAGUUUACUGUAUGUAUACACUAAAAACAACUACUAACUAUUACUAUUACAACUAUUAUGUAUGCCUUGAUAGACAUUUGAAUGUUUUGGUUAGGUUAGGAUACAUUGAUAAAAUGUAAAAGCUGAGGUGUAUUUUGUAUCCACAGUCAAUGAUUUAUGUUUUCUUAAAAAGGAUUUGAGUAUAUUUUUUUACAUCGGAAAUGUAAAAUCUAAAAGUAGGACUAAUUUUUAUUGUUAUUCAUAUAUACCUUGUUUUGCUGUUAUUU